AUGCAUCUCCUCCUAUAUUUCCUUCUCCUUUUCAUAUGCAGCAACCUCAACUAUGCUGAAACAAGGUGCGUGGAGCGUGACCGAAGGGCACUCUUGGAAUUCAAAAAAGGGCUCACGGACGAUUACGCCCUUCUCAAAUCAUGGAGAAAUAACAACGCUUCACGAGAUUGCUGUAAAUGGAGAGGCGUAGGAUGCAACAACAACACUGACCAAGUCAUUAAACUUGAUCUUCCUGCAGUCUGGUCAGAUGAACUCGAACAAUUACUUAGUCUCAGUGGUGAAAUUGAUUCUUCAUUGCUUUCAUUAAAUUCUUUGACAUAUUUAGAUUUGAGUGGAAACAGUUUCACUCGUAUCCCAAACUUCCUUGGUUCCCUCAACAGCCUACAACACCUCAAACUCGCUAACAUUGAGUUAACUUCAUCAAAUUUUCCGCAUCAAUUAGGCAAUCUUUCCAGCUUACAAACUCUUGAUCUGUUAGCUACACCUGUGGUGAUGAAGAACACAGAUUGGCUCUCUCGUCUUUCCUCUCUCAAAUACCUAAAUCUAAGUUAUAUAGACUUGAGUGAAUCUGUUGGGUUACUCAAUAACGCCAUCAGAUUGCCCUCCCUUGUAGAGUUGCACCUUGCAAACUGCUUACUUCCAAAUAACACUGACAAAUCAUUUGUUCGUUCCAUGACAAACUUAUCAGUUGUUGAUAUAAGUUAUAACGAUCUUCCAAACUCUAUGAUAUACCCUUGGUUAUUCAAUUUUAGCAGCACCCUUACUUACAUCGAUCUAUCUAACAAUAAGCUACUUGGUAUCAUUCCUGAAGCAUUUGGUAUGUUUAAAAACCUCCAAACCCUAGAUUUGACCAACAAUGGCCUCCAAGGUGGUAUCCCAAGCUCAUUUCGGAACAUGACCAACAUUCGGGAACUUGUGUUAUCUGGGAACAAUCUGAAUCAAGAUCUUCCUAGUUUUUUCGAUAAACUCUCUGGUUUAGGUCCACAGAGGACAUUACAAGUUGUGGAUUUAUAUGACAAUCAAUUUACUGGUAAUUUACCUGAUUUUACAACAUUCACGUCUCUCAAGGAACUGCUCCUUGGACGCAAUCAGUUGAACGGAUCUUUCCCACAAAAAUUUGAAAAAAUCUCGAAUCUUUUCAUCCUUGAUUUGGCGGAUAACCGUAUCAAUGGAUUUCUCCCUAAUCUUUCUGUUUUUGCUUCUUUGCGGGAAUUGUAUUUUGAGAGAAACCUAUUAAAUGGAACUCUAGCUGAAAAGUUAGAGCCACUCUCCAAGCUCGAGUCUUUGGGCGCAUCUUCUAAUUUCUUUCAAGGAACGAUAUCUGAAACGCAUGUAGCUAAUCUUUCUCGUUUGACUUACCUCGAUCUGUCGUUUAAUUCGUUGGAUUUAGAAAUCGGUUCCGAUUGGUCUGCUACUUUUCAACUCGAAACCAUCUCGUUGUCAUCCUGCAAACUCGGGAGUUCUUUCCCGGGAUGGCUAAGAACUCAAACGAAUUUCUCCGUGCUUGAUAUAUCUAACGCCGGAAUCAAUGAUUCCGUCCCCAGUUGGUUCUGGGAGUCGUUGAUUCCGGGCAUUCGUUACUUAAAUCUCUCCUCCAACCAGAUCCAUGGAAUGAUUCCGGAUUUGGAUUUUAUAUCUGGUAACCGACCUUUAAUCGAUAUGAGCUCAAACAACUUCUCGGGUAACUUGCCGUUGUUUCCUCUUGACACCGUUACUCUAAAGCUCAACGACAACAUGUUCUCAGGGCUCAUUUCUUCCUUGUGUAACCUAACUAGUUUAAGCCACCUUGAUCUUUCUAAUAACAAACUGUCGGGAGAGCUUCCAAACUGCUGGAACAACCUUAAUAACCUGAAUAUUCUCAACCUUGAAAACAAUGGAUUUAUCGGGAAAGUUCCCGACUCGAUUGGGGCUCUCGAGUUUGUUAAAAUGAUGAGUUUACGAGGCAAUAGCUUGAUCGGGGAGCUGCCUACGUCCUUACAAAACUGCACUUCAUUGCUACUUCUUGAUCUUGGAGAAAAUGAAAUAUCGGGUAAUAUACCUGAAUGGUUAGGGGAAAGCUUUGCAAUGUUGCUUGUUCUUAGCUUACCAUCAAAUCGGUUCAAUGGAACCAUUCCUACAAGCUUAUGUAAGCUCAAGAACAUUCAAAUUUUAGACCUCUCAGUUAACGAUAUCACCUGGAAAAUACCGAAAUGCCUCAAUAACAUUUCGGGGAUGAUAAUGAGGGAGAAAGGGAUACUGCAAGCAAGUAUUGAGUACAACGCAAUCGGGUUGGAUCAAAGCAGACUGAUUAUCACAGCUAGGGUUGUGUUUAAAGCAUUACUGCAAUGGAAAGGAAGGCAAUCGGAGUACCAAAAGACAUUGGGUCUUGUCGUUAGCCUUGAUCUUUCUUCCAAUAGACUAACGGGCGAAAUCCCAAGUGAAAUCACGAGUCUUUCGGCUCUCAUUGCCUUGAAUCUUUCAAGAAACAGCUUAAUUGGAUCAAUACCCAAAGACAUCGGUCGAUUGAGACAGUUGGAUUUUCUUGAUCUAUCGAGAAACGACCUUCUUGGUGGAAUCCCUACAAGCCUUUCGGAAUUGAGUAAUCUUGGGGUGUUGGAUUUGUCAUUCAACAACUUGUCGGGAAGAAUCCCGAAAGGGACGCAGUUACAGAGCUUUGACGUGUCAUCAUACGCUGGAAAUCUUGCACUUUGUGGGGUUCCACUGAAAAACGUAUGCCCUGGUGAUGAGACAAACAGUGGAAACCCAGAUGGAGUUACUGAACAAAAAUCUGAUGAUGAUGAUAAGAUAAUAAAUAAGGGGUUCAUUUUUGGCAUUGUGGCUGGUUUUGCGUUUGGGUUUUGGGGUUUUUAUGGGUCGUUGGUUCUAAAAGAGUCAUGGAGACAUGCGUAUUAUGGAUUCUUGAAUGUUGUCAAAGAUUGGGUUCUUUUAAGAGUGGAGUUGACUUUGGCUAGGCUCAGAAGGCGAACUUCAUCUUAA